ACUUCAAUUUCGUAAGCACUCGUACUUGCUGUACACCUAGUGAGGUCUCCUAUUCAUACACUAACAUAUAAAUACCAUAAUUUAGUUUCUGAAGAAGUUGAGAAAUUAAUUAUUCAACAGAAACCAGGAAUUCCAUUAUAAUUCCUAACAGUUUCCAAAGAAUCUCACUUAUUGGAAUCUAUUUUACUGGCGGUAAAGUUAGUGUCAUGGAUUCUUCGGCUGCUUCGACGCAGAUGGCUUCUUCGAAAAAGUAUGAUAUAAUGUCACUGAUUUACACAGGAACGUACUCUACAAUUCAUACAGGAAAGUUGAAAAACAGACCCGAUCCUGCCACAGUAGUGUUGAAACGAAAUCCUGGUGAAUUCCGUUUGGCUGAAAUCAAAGGCUACAAAAAACUGCAAAAUUGUGACCAAAUUCUGAAGGUUUUCGAUAUUUGCGAUAAUUUCGAAACAAUCGUGUUGGAGCUAUGCAUGUGUAACUUGGAAGCUUUCAUUCGACACCAACCACUCUCUGUGCCAGAACAGAAAAACCUUGUACGCCAGUUUUUGCACGGCGUAGAAGCAAUUCAUGCCAAAAAUAUGGUGCACGGAGAUAUUAAAUUUCAAAAUCUCCUGAUGACUUUCGACGGCACAUUGAAGAUUAUGGACUUUGAGUCGAUUCUUGAAAAUAACGUCCACAAGCCACUCUACAGAGUAUGCACCACUGGGUACACCCCACCAGAAUGCCUAUUAACUUUGGAUCCGUUAUUUGUGAACAACACUAUAGAUUUGUGGUCGGCCGGCAUAAUUCUGUUCAAAAUUUUCACAAACAACAAGGAAAGCCUACUUCCCUUUAAAAAAGCUGGGACUGAAUUGAGAGCAAUUACACUUGUGUUCGGCUGUGUUACUGGACCGUUUCUCUCUACUUUGUGUUUACACAGAGGAUACUAUGCAUGGGCCAAAAAGUACCAGCAAAACAAUCUCGCAGACACACUGAAAAAACUGAUGCCAUCGCACAAUCAAUCUGAAAGAGAUUUAAUUGAGAGACUGAUGAAAGUGGAGCCUUCUGAAAGAGCCACGGUCACCGAAGUACUUCAAUCGGCAUCUUUUUCUGCUGAGCCCCUUCCGUCUGCAGACUUGACAGAUGCUGCCCAAGGCUACAUGGAGAAUCAACACAUCACAAGACCACCUGCACACGACGCCAAAGAAAUCGAUUGGCAGAGUAUUGAUAUUCCAGAGUCACUGUGGGACUAGUUAAACGUUGAUCAUGAUGACUGCUAUAAUAUUGGGAUCGAGAAAAACAAGUGAGCAGAUACGAUUAUGUGAAUCAAGGGAUAGUAAGGAAAAUAAUGUGAAUGAUACUUUGGCUAUUGAUGAAUUAACGAGGAAAGAAAAUAUUGCAUAGCAGAAUGGAACGCGGAAAAUAAGUGAUGUAGGAUAGCAUAAGUAAAAUGAAUAAGAGUGUGGAAUGUGAAGGAACACAGACAAUUAGAAGUUGAAAUAUUAUAGCAGUUAAAUUUUGCUUUAACAAUGUUAAACAUUGCAUAACAUUUAUCUCUAUGACAUUAAUUAUUUUUCUAUAUUUGUUUCUUCAUUAUUGAGGUGUUUUGUUUCUAUCAGUUAAAUAAGCAGUAGGUAGGCCUAUGUUGUUCUUUGCCAGGAAGAGGAUAAAAAUUAUUCUGCUUCAAGUAAUUUGUUAAUUCCCAUCUACUCUGUUAUAUUGAACUCAAAUUCUGAAUUAAUUUAAAUUCUCACAUUUAAUUAUUUCAGAUGAAAUCCUUAUAUUAUGUCACCAUUAGUAGUGUCAUAAUUGUAACUGUCAUGUGUAAUAAAACAAGGUAGUAUGUACUUUGCCAAGAAGAUAAUAACAAACCAUUCUGUUUCAAUAAUUGAUACUAUUCAUCAUAAAGUUAUUGUUAUAUUGAACUCAUAUUUUGUGUUGAUUUGAAUUUUCACUUUGCAUUGUUUCAUUUGAAUAAACCAAUUGACUAAUUCAUGUAAUUGUACACUUUAUUGCUAUAAAUAAAAUACAA